UUGCUCCGUUUGGACUUCUAGGACUACUAUGCAUCCUGACGCUAUAUUGAGGAGGCACUUCCUGAUUACGUAGAACCCCCCUAACUGCUGCAGGAAAGGGGGAACUCCAUCUUCACCUCCGCCCCCUUCUACAGAAGAUGACCACUGAAGACUCCUGUCUGGCAAUUCAAACGCUGAACUGUUGAUGCUGCUUUCUGUCCAUGAACAGUACUGCAAAACAUCAUGGCCUCAGCACCAUAGAUCAUCAUACAGACCAUCUGAGGAUAGGAGUGUGGAGAUUGUUUUGAACGAAGACGUGUCUUGGCUUACAAAACCUCACCAUGGAUAUGCCAAAGCUUACAAUUAUGGCGUGCAUGUUUAUACUUCUUAAUUCUUGGACAUGUUGGUCAAAACCAAAGGGUUCACCACAUAUGAAUUCUGUGAGGAUCGAAGGAGACCUUAUCUUUGGUGGUCUUUUCCCUGUACAUGGAAGGGGGAGUGAUGGCAGAGCAUGUGGAGAACUUAAGAAGGAGAAAGGAAUACACCGCUUAGAAGCAAUGCUGUAUGCUCUUGAUCGUAUUAAUGCUGAUCCUGACCUCCUGCCCAAUAUCACAUUAGGUGCUAGAAUUUUGGACACCUGCUCCCGGGACACCCAUGCUCUAGAGCAGUCCUUAAGCUUUGUCCAGCCCCUUAUAGAUAAGGACCGAGGAGAAGUGCGAUGUCUCAGUGGUGGGAAUCCGAUUAUUGCUCAGCCUGAGAGGGUAGUGGGAGUGAUUGGAGCAUCUUCAAGCUCUGUCUCUAUCAUGGUGGCCAAUAUAUUGAGACUCUUCAAGAUUCCGCAAAUUAGCUAUGCCUCCACCGCUCCAGAUCUAAGUGACAACAGUCGAUAUGACUUUUUUUCUCGAGUGGUUCCAUCAGACACUUAUCAGGCUCAGGCCAUGGUUGAUAUUGCGAAAGCCCUGAAAUGGAGUUAUGUGUCCACACUAGCAUCUGAAGGUAGCUAUGGAGAAAGUGGAGUGGAAGCUUUCAUCCAGAAGUCCAGAGAGGAUGGAAGCUUGUGUGUAGCACAAUCAGUUAAAAUCCCACGAGAGCCAAAAGCGGGAGAAUUUGAUAAGAUAAUUCGGCGUCUGCUGGAGACAUCUAAUGCUCGUGCUGUCAUCAUCUUUGCCAGUGAAGACGAUAUCAGGGAAUAUGUGGUUGUUGCUUCUGUUAAUGAUCAGCUGCUGUAUAUGAAAUUUAGACUGUUGGAGACCAUGCACAUCAUGCUGGCCUAA